AGGGAGCGCUGAGGCGGCUGCAGAACGGGCGUCGAGGCGACGCGCGCGGCGGGGCUGGGGGGGCCGCGAGUGACUGAUGUGCUAUGGGGCAAGUGAGGACAGCUGAACCUUGCAGUAUGUCAAUGGGCCAUGACUGAGACAUACGAUUUCCCGGUGACUGUCUUUUACUCCAAGACCAUAGGAGAGCCCCAGGGAAGUGACCGCUUGGGCCACGAGAUCCUAGCGAUGGAGGAUGUCCCUGAGGACACUUCGAUGCACCGGCUGGAAGGAGCUGAUCUGGAGACACAGGUUGGAGGCUUGAUCAUCAAGAAGAAAAGUGCCUGCAGCGAGCAGCAUGUCUUCAAAGCUCCUGCCCCCCGCACCUCAUUGCUGGGGUUGGACUUGCUGGCUGCACAGAAACGCAGGGAGCGAGAGGAGAAGGAAGACUCAGAGGACAAGAAGAAGUCCAAAGUCUCCUCCUACAAAGACUGGGAGGAGGCCAAAGAUGACUUGGGAGGCUCUGAGGAGGAGGGGAGCGACAGGGCCAGCAGGAGCAGCCGGCAGGACAGGCAUUACCGCUCUGCCCACGUGGAGACGCCAUCCCACACUGGGGGGGUCAGCGAGGAGUUCUGGGAGCGCAACCGGCAGCGGGAGCGGGAACGGCGAGAGCACGGCGUCUACGCCUCCUCCAAGGAGGAGAAGGAGCACAAGCGGGGGCGCAAUAGAGAGCGGGACCACGACCGCAAACGGGACCGAGAGGAGCGGGACAGGAGCCGUCAUAGCAGCAGCCGGUCAGAGAAGGAUGGCUCGUCAGAGAGGGGCAGCAGCAGGAGGGGCGAACCAGAGAGUCCCAGACACCGACCUAAGGAUGCAUCCACGCCAUCUCGGUCGAGCUGGGAGGAAGAGGACUGCGGCUAUGGCAGCUCACGGCGCUCGCAGUGGGAGUCGCCCUCCCCGACGCCUUCCUAUAGGGACUCUGAGCGCGACCGCAGCCAUCGAGCAUCCUCCGCUCGUGAUGCAGACAGGAGGGACCGGGACAGGUCAGUGAAGAACAAGUACCCGGAUGAGACACCGUUGCCCACCCCUUCCUACAAAUACAAUGAAUGGGCUGAUGACCGGAGGCACCUGGGGGCCACGCCACGGCUUUCCAGAGGCAAAGGGAGGCGUGAAGAUGCAGAAGAGGGUAUUUCCUUUGAGACGGAGGAGGAGCGGCAGCAGUGGGAGGAUGACCAACGGCAAGCCGACCGGGACUGGUACAUGAUGGAUGAGGGUUACGACGAGUUCCACAACCCCUUGGCCUACUCGUCGGAGGAGUACGUGAAGAAGCGGGAGCAGCACUUGCACAAGCAGAAGCAGAAGCGCAUCUCUGCACAGCGGAGGCAGAUCAAUGAGGACAAUGAGCGCUGGGAGACCAAUCGCAUGCUGACGAGCGGGGUGGUCCAUCGGCUAGAGGUGGAUGAGGACUUCGAGGAAGAUAACGCAGCCAAAGUGCACCUGCUGGUGCACAACUUGGUGCCCCCAUUCUUGGAUGGGAGAAUCGUCUUCACCAAGCAGCCAGAGCCAGUCAUCCCGGUCAAGGAUGCCACUUCGGAUUUGGCGAUCAUCGCCCGCAAAGGCAGCCAGCUGGUGCGCAAACACAGGGAACAGAAGGAACGCAAGAAGGCUCAGCACAAGCACUGGGAGCUGGCUGGCACCAAACUGGGAGACAUUAUGGGCAUCAAGAAAGAGGAGGAGCCAGACCAGACUCUGACAGAAGAUGGCAAGGUGGAUUACAGGACAGAGCAGAAGUUUGCUGAUCACAUGAAGGAGAAGAGCGAGGCCAGCAGUGAGUUUGCUAAGAAGAAGUCGAUUGUGGAGCAGAGGCAGUAUCUGCCCAUCUUUGCUGUGCAGCAGGAGCUGCUCACCAUCAUCAGGGAUAACAGCAUCGUCAUUGUGGUGGGGGAGACGGGGAGUGGCAAGACCACCCAGCUGACUCAGUACCUGCAUGAGGACGGCUACACGGACUACGGCAUGAUCGGCUGCACCCAGCCCCGCAGGGUGGCUGCCAUGUCGGUAGCCAAGCGGGUCAGCGAGGAGAUGGGCGUGAGCCUGGGAGAAGAGGUGGGCUAUGCCAUCCGCUUUGAGGACUGCACGUCAGAGAACACGGUCAUCAAGUACAUGACGGACGGGAUCCUGCUGCGGGAGUCCCUGCGGGAGGCCGACCUGGACCAUUACAGCGCCAUCAUCAUGGACGAGGCGCACGAGCGCUCGCUCAACACGGACGUGCUCUUUGGCCUGCUGCGGGAGGUGGUGGCGCGGCGUGCGGACCUGAAGCUCAUCGUCACCUCGGCCACCAUGGACGCAGAGAAGUUUGCCUCCUUCUUUGGGAACGUUCCCAUCUUCCACAUUCCUGGCCGCACCUUCCCUGUCGAUGUCCUGUUCAGCAAGACCCCGCAGGAGGACUACGUGGAGGCUGCGGUGAAGCAGGCCCUGCAGGUGCAUCUGUCUGGGGCCCCUGGAGACAUCCUCAUCUUCAUGCCGGGCCAGGAAGACAUUGAGGUGGCCUCGGAGCAGAUCGUGGAGCAUCUGGAGGAACUGGAAAAGGCCCCAGCUCUGGCUGUGCUGCCCAUCUACUCUCAGCUGCCCUCUGACCUGCAGGCCAAGAUCUUCCAGAAGGCUCCGGACGGUGUCAGGAAAUGCAUUGUCGCCACCAACAUUGCGGAGACCUCGCUGACGGUGGACGGCAUCAUGUUUGUCAUUGACUCCGGCUACUGCAAGCUGAAGGUCUUCAACCCCCGCAUAGGGAUGGACGCCCUGCAGAUCUACCCCAUCAGCCAAGCCAACGCCAACCAGAGGUCGGGUCGCGCUGGCCGGACGGGCCCAGGUCAGUGCUUCAGGCUCUACACCCAGAGCGCCUACAAGAAUGAGCUGCUGACCACCACGGUGCCUGAGAUCCAGCGCACCAACCUGGCCAACGUGGUGCUGCUGCUCAAGUCUCUGGGCGUGCAGGACCUGCUGCAGUUCCACUUCAUGGACCCACCCCCUGAGGACAACAUGCUGAACUCCAUGUACCAGCUGUGGAUCUUGGGAGCCAUGGACAACACGGGUGGCCUGACCUCAACGGGGCGCCUGAUGGUAGAGUUCCCGCUGGACCCAGCGCUCUCCAAGAUGCUCAUUGUCUCCUGCGACAUGGGCUGCAGCUCCGAGAUCCUGCUCAUUGUCUCCAUGCUCUCUGUGCCCGCCAUCUUCUACCGGCCCAAGGGCCGGGAGGAAGAGAGCGACCAGGUGCGGGAGAAGUUUGCUGUUCCGGAGAGCGAUCACCUGACUUACCUGAACGUUUAUCUGCAGUGGAAAAACAGCAGCUACUCCAUGCUGUGGUGUAACCAGCACUUCAUCCAUGCCAAGGCCAUGAGGAAGGUGCGGGAGGUGCGUGCCCAGUUGAAGGACAUCAUGGUGCAGCAGCGCAUGAGCCUGGCAUCCUGCGGUUCAGACUGGGACAUCGUCAGGAAGUGCAUCUGUGCCGCCUACUUCCACCAGGCUGCCAAGCUGAAGGGCAUCGGGGAGUAUGUGAACAUCCGCACCGGCAUGCCCUGCCACCUGCACCCCACCAGCUCUCUCUUCGGCAUGGGCUACACUCCAGACUACAUCGUGUAUCACGAGCUGGUCAUGACCACCAAGGAGUACAUGCAGUGCGUCACGUCCGUGGAUGGAGAGUGGCUAGCGGAGCUGGGCCCCAUGUUCUACAGCAUCAAGCAUGCAGGAAAGUCGCGCCAGGAGAAUCGCCGUCGGGCCAAGGAGGAGGUGUCUGCCAUGGAGGAGGAGAUGGCUCUGGCUGAGGAGCAGCUGCGAGCACGCCGGGAAGAGCAGGAGCGCCGCAACCCGCUGGGCAGUGUGAGGUCUUUGAAGAUCUAUACUCCGGGGCGAAAGGAGCAGGGGGAGCCCAUGACGCCGCGCCGCACUCCUGCCCGCUUCGGCCUGUGAGCAGGCACUUCCCUGUGCUGGCCUGGAGCUGAUGGAUUCCCUGCGGGGGGGCUGUCCCCCGCUGUGUGUAAAUGUGACUUGGGGGUGCUGGGGCCCCGCCCCGCCCCGGCAUCUGCACACACCUUGGCACUGUUUGCUACAGAGGAGAAAUAAUUUUAUUUGUAUAAAUGUC